AGCUCAAAUGAUUUGACCAAAACUCCUCCAAUACAGGCAUCAUCGUUGACUUUUUCAAACUUGUGUUCCUCUCUCUUUCCUUUCUCCCACAUCUCAUAUAACACAAUACCAAAAAAAAACAGAGUUCUCUGCUCUUAUCUUCAUUUUUUUUUUGCUGCGAAUCAAUCAAUGGACAGUAAACACCAAACUUCAACUUCGAAACCAAAGAACAAGAACAAGCUCUUGAAGAUGCUUCCCAAAGCUAUGUCCUUCGGACAUCGCGUACCCCCGUUUAGUCCCGGGAGAGAUCUCCACCACCACCACAACACGACGUCUUCAAACAAAGCGUUCUUCUCCGGUCCCAUGGUCCCUCUGGUUCCUAAAGCAGCUCGUGUCCGAAGAAACAAAAGCGACGCCGUCUGGAGCGAGCCCACUUCGCCUAAAGUCUCAUGCAUCGGGCAGAUCAAGCGCGUCAAGUCGAAACGCUCCUCCUCCUCCCCUAAGAAAAACAGACCCGCGAUUCCCAAGAUCCCCGACAAAACGUCGUCGUCUUCUCUAACCAAAGGAGAUGAAAAAAGUCGAGGUGUCUCGAUGAUCAAACGUCUCUUCUCGUUCUCGUCGUCGGCUGCUGCUGGAGGUGGUGGUAACGCAUCGAGAAAGUCACAUCCCACCGCGGUUACUGAACAUCCGGUUACGGUGGUUUCGUCCGCGGCGGUGCCGUCGUUAGGUCAGAUGAAGAAGUUUGCGAGCAGCCGUGAAGGUUUAGGAGGGUUUGAUUGGGCGGUUGAGAUGAAACACGAAGAGGAAUCUCCGGCCGAGCGUGGUUACUAUUCUGAUGAUGAUAGGAGAGGAGAUUACUUGAGAGACGACGACGACGAAGAAGAAGAAGACGAUAUAAUAAUACCGUUCUCAGCUCCGUUGAUGAGUUUGAAACCGAAGACAGAAGUUAACUUGUGGAAGAGAAGAACCAUGGAUCCACCUAAACCACUUCAUCUUCAAACCUAAUGAUUAAAAAAACUCUUAAAACUUUUCAACCUUUUUCUUUCAUUGUUAUAUAUAUAAGUUACUGCAAAUCAAAUCAUAUAACGACCAUCAUACACUGUGAAUCUGAUGAUAAUCAUUUUCCUUCAUUAGUUAAGUUGUGUGAAUACCUGUUCGGGUUCAGUUUUGAUAUAUGCCACAAGUAUAAUAUCUUUCAUUUUUUUUGAUAUCUCUGGUGUCUGGGCAGCCACUUUCCCAAAUAUCCUCCGAAGGAGUCCAGCGCCCCAGCAGUAAGGAUGUUAAAUCACUGUGGCCGGAUUUCGAAGCUGGGUGGCGGGCACCUCAGCCGAGGUUCCAUUACCACCAGGCUACGAAGCCCGGUUCUUGCAACUACGUUCAUUACGUUCUUGCAACUACUAUUACAAAUUAAUUUUGUGUUCUUUUCUUUUUGUUUUCUGUUGGUGACAAUGUGUAUGACAACAACCGAUGUCUUCCCACAACCAGAUUGUCCAUAUAUUAAAUGUAUUUCACAAUGAUAUUAUGCUUAUUUA